AUGCUUACCUGUAGGUCUGCUGGAUACUUAGUACCUGAUUCUGUGGAAAAGAAAGGAAUUGUUUCUGAAAAUUUCUCGUUUUCAGAACCAGAAACGGCAACUGGUGUAAUAUUAGUACGCGCACUUUCUAAGAGAGCGGAACUUCGAUUAGUGAAAGCCUCAGUUGUUAUGUUCAGGACACCCAUUCGUGACAUAGUAGAAUGGCUGGCAUCAGAUUCUGUCGUACUGAUGGGUUCCAACAUACCAGUGAUUAGCGCAGUCGUUGUGGAUGUCAUAGUAUUAGAUAUUGGGACUGCUGUUGUAGUUACCAUUGGGGCAUUUGUGGUAAUGGGUAUCUCUGACCUGUCUGUCUGGGUAGUGAUUGAUGUGACUGUCGUGAGUGUUGCGGUUGUGGAAGAAUCUGUUGUAGUGGUAGUCGUAGGAAUUGUUGUCGCCAAUGUCGUCGAUGCCUUUCUUCCCGAUUCCAUUGUUAUUGUCGGUGUCAUCGCAGUAAUUUUAGACGUUGUAGCAGACUCAGGAACCGCUGAAGAAGAUUUUACAUCUGUUUCUGAUGAAAUAGUUUGUGUUGUCACUGUUGUGGUAGACGCCGUAGUCAUCGCUGUUUUUGUACCUGAUGAUAUAAUAUUCGCCUCACUUUGUUUAGUAGUAAUGGCUGACGUCGCAAAUGUGCUGGGAUUAGCUGUUGAUGAUUUGAGCGUACUAGCAGUAGGUUUUUUUGUGGUAGCCGCAGUCGUUGACUCUGGAGUAGUUGUUAAUUUGCUUGUGAUAGUUGUAGGCUUUACUAUUUUAAGUGUUGUCAAUGGUGUAGUUAUAGCAGUUUCCGUUCUGAUUGUCAUAGCCAUCGUUGAUUCAGAUUUUGUGGUCGCAUUUUCUUCAGUACUAGUUGUUGCCUUUAAAGUUGUUGCAACUGGGGUUUUGCCAGCAGUUGUCAACGUUGGUUUGGGAAUGGAUGUCGUACUUUUGACUGUAGAUGUUAUCGCAUUAUGAGUAGUUAUUGGUUCGCUUGUCGUGGUUGUUGCUUUAAGCGUAGUGGUUGUUGUUGAUUCGGUUGCCGUAGUUGUCAAUUUAGGCGUAGUAGCAGUUGGUAAUUCGGUUGUCGCAGUUGUCGAUUCAAGCGUAGUAGUUAUUGUUAUAGUUGUCGGUUUAAGCGUGGUAACUGCAGUUGACGCGGUUUUCGUAGUAAUCGGUUUAGGCGUAGUGAUUGUUGAUUCGGUUAUCGUGGUUGUCGGUUUAGGCGUAGCAAUUGUAGUUAACACGGUUGUCGUAGCUGUCGCUUCAAGAGUAGUGACUGUAGUUGACGAGGUUGUCAUAGUAGUCGGUUUAAGGGUAGUAGUUGUUGUUGGUUCGGUUGUCGUGCAGUUGUCGUUGUGGCAGCUUGUUGGAUCGCAAGAGAAUCGCAAAUGUUACAUUCCACUGUAA